AAAAUUUCUGGAGACCCUUCACCUACAUCCUGCAGUAUGGAGAAGGAAAGAUUUAAAGAGUUAGAUGCCGAGUUGAAGGCAGAAGAUGUCUUGAAUGCUUUAGAAGAUUUAAGUGAGGAAGAGUUUGAGAAGUUCAAGUGGUUCCUGCAGCAGCCUGCGAGCAUCCCUGGGCUCCCGACAAUCAGGAAGAAAAAACUGGCAAGAGCACAAAGCAUAAACAUUGUGGAUUUGAUGGUGCAGACCUACACGCUUCAACGUUGUAUGGAAGUGACUACCAAGAUUUUAAAGAAAAUUAACAGGAAUGAUCUUUUGCAAAGAUUGCUUUUCUCUAAGAAUUUAGAAAACAGGAUGUGUCUGCAGCACAAAAGUCCUCUGGAGCUGUUCUGUUGGACUGACCAGACACAUGUCUGUGUUUCUUGCUCUGAAUUGAAUCACAAAAACCAUGAGUUAGUUCCUCUGAGUACAGAACAUAUGGGAAAUGAGGAAGAACCAAGAAGAAGAAGAGACAAUGAAGUUAAACAGAUGAUUGAAAAAAAUGAAAUGAAGAUUCAAGAAAUCACAGAGAUAGUGAAGAACAGCAAAGAUGCUGCAGAGAAAGAGAAAGUAGAAGGGUUUCUGGUGACCGCUGCUCUGAAGGAGUCUGCUGAGAGAUUCCUUAAAAAACUUAUUAAGGAGAUCGAGGACAAACAGAAAACUACAGAGAAGGAGGCAAAAGACUUCAUCAAAGAUCUGGAACAGGAAACAUCUGAGCUGAAGAAACAAGACUUUGAAGAUGAUGGCCACCAAUGUUUUUCCUCCCUGAAAGCUGACCCACCUAAAAAGAACUGGACCGAGGUUAGAGUCCAUCCACCAUCAUAUGAGGGGACUGUGGAGAGAGCUGUGGCUGAGCUUAAGGAGACUCUUUGGGAAGAUAUGAAGAAGCAGUUGCAGCUAAAGAGGGUCCAACAGUAUGCAGUUGAUUUGACUCUGGAUCCUGAUACAGCUCAUCCUAAACUAAUUCUGUCAGAUGAUAGGAAACAAGUGAAACAUGGAGAUGUUUGGCAGAAUCUUCCAAACAAGCCAAAGAGAUUUUCUACAUUUGCUAAUGUUUUAGGAAAUGAGAGUUUCUCUUCAGGCAGAUUUUACUUUGAGGUUCAGGUUAAAGGAAAGACUGACUGGGAUUUAGGAGUGGCCAGAGAGUCAGUUGACAGGAAGGGAGACAUUGCUCCAUGUACUGAGUACGGUAUCUGGGCAGUUGUACUGAGAAAUGGAAAUGAAUACUCAACAGGGGAUGAUACAACAGAGGUUUUUGAUCUCCAUCCUGGUCCUGAGAAGGUGGGGGUGUUUGUGGAUUAUGAGGAGGGUCUGGUCUCCUUCUAUGAUGUAGAUGCUGCAGCUCUGAUCUACUCCUUUACUGGCUGCUGCUUCACUGAGAAGCUCUACCCAUAUUUCAGUCCUUUUCUUAAUAAUGGAGGGGAAAACUCUGCUCCUCUGAUCAUCUGUCCUGUUAAUCAGGCUGUUUGUUGCUCUGUUGAAGCUCAAUGAAGAAUAAAUCUGUUAAGCGAUACCCUCCAACAUAAGUGAAGGUGGAAUCCUACUAGACCAUACUUAAAGGAGGUCAACUUUUCAAUUCCGAGAAAGAUUAUAUGCUACAGCUUCAUCUGUUUCUCUGCUUCUGUAAGAAAUUAUUU